ACACAUGUUCUUAAUGUAAAAACGAGUUUAAAAGUCGCCAACCAUUUUCAGGAAUGAAGUCUUAGGAUGUGGACAACUUCCUAAAAUGAACUUUAAUUAAAUCUUUGAAGGAGAAGAUGGGAAUUUGAUAUUUUAGAAUUUAGCGUAUGUGCAAGUUCUUGGAAUACAGGGAAGAACCCAUGAGGGCAGGAAUGGGGACAAGAAACCAAGGAUGGCUGUAGAUAAGCACGGGGACGGAGGAGGGGCAGAAGGCUAGGGAGGUGGGUGCUGGGGGCCUGUGAUGUCACAGCUGGUGGAAUGCCCAGUCUGAAAAGUUCCUUUGCCUCUGGAAUCUGUAUUGGUGUGUCCUUACUCGUAAAUAUACGUGUGGAGCCCUGCUGUCCCACAGCCUUGGUUCUGGAAGAUGUCUAGAAUUAUCUGUCGUAUCCUGCAAGCCAUGCAGAACCAUACGUGUUGGGAGCUGUGGCAGAGUUUCUAGAGGGUUGGCUACAGCCCAGCACCUAACACUCUGGCCGAGGAGUCUUGUAAAUGUAAUGGCUGGAAAAAUCCCAACCCUUCUCCUACUCCCCCCAGAGCUGACCUGCAGCAAAUCAUUGUCAGUCUAACAGAAUCCUGCCGGAGUUGUAGCCAUGCACUAGCUGCUCAUGUUUCCCACCUGGAAAAUGUGUCCGAGGAAGAAAUGAACAGACUCCUGGGAAUAGUGUUGGAUGUGGAAUAUCUCUUUACCUGUGUCCACAAGGAAGAAGAUGCAGAUACCAAACAAGUUUAUUUCUAUCUAUUUAAGCUCUUGAGAAAGUCUAUUUUACAAAGAGGAAAACCUGUGGUCGAAGGCUCUUUGGAGAAGAAACCCCCAUUUGAAAAACCUAGUAUUGAACAGGGUGUGAAUAACUUUGUACAGUACAAAUUUAGUCACCUGCCAUCCAAAGAAAGGCAAACAAUUGUUGAGUUGGCAAAAAUGUUCCUAAACCGCAUCAACUAUUGGCAUCUGGAGGCACCAUCUCAACGAAGACUGCGAUCUCCCAAUGAUGAUAUUUCUGGAUACAAAGAGAACUACACAAGGUGGCUGUGUUAUUGCAACGUGCCCCAGUUCUGUGACAGUCUACCUCGGUAUGAAACCACCCAGGUGUUCGGGAGAACUCUGCUGCGCUCAGUCUUCACAGUCAUGAGACGACAACUCCUGGAACAAGCGAGACAGGAGAAAGACAAACUGCCACUUGAGAAACGAACUCUAAUCCUCACCCACUUCCCAAAGUUCCUGUCCAUGUUAGAAGAAGAAGUUUAUAGUCAAAAUUCUCCUAUCUGGGAUCAGGAUUUUCUCUCAGCCUCUUCCAGAACCAGCCAGCUAGGAAUCCAAACAGUCAUCAGUCCACCUCCUGUAGCUGGGACCAUUUCAUAUAAUUCAAACUCAUCUUCCCUUGAGCAACCUAAUGGAGGGAGCACCAGUCCUUCCUGCAAAGGCUCUUCUGGGCUUGAGGCAAACCCAGGAGAAAAGAGGAAAAUGAAUGACUCUCAUGCCUUGGAGGAGGCCAAGAAACCCCGAGUUAUGGGGGAUAUUCCAAUGGAAUUAAUCGACGAGGUCAUGUCUACCAUCACAGACCCUGCAGCAAUGCUUGGACCAGAGGUCAGCAGGACCAAUUUACUGUCAGCACAUUCAGCCAGGGAUGAGGCAGCAAGACUGGAAGAGCGCAGGGGUGUGAUUGAAUUUCAUGUGGUCGGCAAUUCCCUGAACCAGAAACCCAACAAGAAGAUUCUAAUGUGGCUGGUCGGUCUCCAGAACGUGUUCUCACACCAGCUGCCCCGGAUGCCGAAAGAGUACAUCACACGGCUUGUCUUUGACCCGAAACACAAAACCCUUGCCCUUAUUAAAGAUGGCCGUGUUAUUGGUGGUAUCUGUUUCCGCAUGUUCCCAUCCCAAGGAUUCACAGAGAUUGUUUUCUGUGCUGUAACCUCAAAUGAGCAAGUCAAGGGCUAUGGAACACACCUGAUGAAUCACUUGAAAGAAUAUCAUAUAAAACAUGAUAUUCUGAACUUCCUCACAUAUGCAGAUGAAUAUGCAAUUGGUUACUUCAAGAAACAGGGUUUCUCCAAAGAAAUUAAAAUACCUAAAACCAAAUAUGUUGGCUACAUCAAGGAUUAUGAGGGGGCCACUUUAAUGGGAUGUGAGCUAAAUCCACGGAUCCCAUACACAGAAUUUUCUGUCAUCAUCAAGAAGCAAAAGGAGAUCAUUAAAAAGCUGAUAGAAAGAAAACAAGCCCAAAUUCGAAAAGUAUACCCUGGACUUUCAUGCUUUAAAGAUGGAGUUCGGCAGAUUCCAAUAGAAAGCAUUCCUGGAAUUAGAGAGACAGGCUGGAAGCCGAGUGGAAAAGAGAAAAGUAAAGAGCCCAGAGACCCUGACCAGCUUUACAGCACUCUCAAGAGCAUCCUGCAGCAGGUGAAGAGCCAUCAAAGCGCUUGGCCCUUCAUGGAACCUGUGAAGAGAACAGAAGCUCCGGGAUAUUAUGAAGUUAUAAGGUUCCCCAUGGAUCUGAAAACCAUGAGCGAACGCCUCAAGAAUAGGUACUACGUGUCUAAGAAAUUAUUCAUGGCAGACUUACAGCGAGUCUUUACCAAUUGCAAAGAGUACAACCCCCCUGAGAGUGAAUACUACAAAUGUGCCAAUAUCCUGGAGAAAUUCUUCUUCAGUAAAAUUAAGGAAGCUGGAUUAAUUGACAAGUGAUUUUUCCCCCCUUCUGCUUCUUAGAAACUCAUCAAGCAGUGUGCCUAAAGCAAGGUGGUUUAGUUUUAUAAAGAAUUGGACAUAAUGUAUUGAAGAUACUUACUUGUAAAUGUAAUAAUUAGCACUUUUGAAAAACAAACAAACAAAACCUCCUUUUAGCUUUUUCAGAUAUGUAUUUAAAUUGAAGUCAUAGAACAUUUUUAUUUUAUGGAAUAGAUUUUAAGCUAUUUACUACUAUUGUAAAUUUUCUAUGGCAUGUCCAUUAGCUGAAUAUU